AUGUCCCAGGACGAAGAAGAACAAGAAACUAAGAAACAAUACCAGGACCCAACAGUGAACAAGGUCCCUAAUUUUGAAGUAUCAGAAACGGCAUUCACCUUAACGCAAAAGACUCGUCUCUCACCUGAACAGCUCGAUGAAACAACAAAGACCAUUCUCGCUGCCAUCGAUAAGGAGGACAUGGCCCCAUAUUAUAAGUAUUUGGUGGAAAAAUUACAAGUUUUGAGUUGGGAUGAGACUUUCUAUAACACUUUAGUCGCUAGAAAUGACGACCGUAUUAAGGAAUUGAACGAAAUGAUAAAGAAAUCGGAGGAAGACGAUGAAGGAGAAUUGGAAAGAGCUCAAUGCUUUAUUAAAUUGGGGGAAUAUUAUGCUCAAAUUGGGGACAGAGAACAAAUGGAAUCCGUGUUGGAGGGAAAGGCAAUUAAUAUGGCUAUUUCCACGGGGGCAAAGAUCGAUAUUAUGCUUACCGUCACUAGAAUGGGGUUCUUUUAUAAUGAUCAGAAUUACGUUAAGGAAAAAUUGGAACAAGUGAAUACCAUGAUUGAAAAAGGUGGUGAUUGGGAAAGAAGAAAUAGAUACAAGACCUAUAAGGGGAUUCAUUGUCUUGCAGUAAGGAAUUUUAAGGAUGCUGCUGCAUUAUUAGUGGAUUCUUUGGCUACUUUCACAUCAGUGGAACUUACCACAUAUGAAAAGAUUGCCACGUAUGCUUCAGUGGCUGGUUUAUUCGCCCUAGAGAGAACUGAUUUGAAAUCUAAGAUUAUUGAUUCACCUGAAUUAUUGUCCUUAUUGACCACUACAUCUGCAUUACAAUCAAUUUCAUCUUUAACCAUCUCCAUGUACACAUCAGAUUAUGCAAGUUAUUUCCCAUAUUUGUUGGAAACUUACGACAAUGUGUUAAUACCUUGUAAAUAUUUGAAUAAACAUGCUGAUUUCUUCGUCAGAGAAAUGAGAAGAAAAGUUUACGCUCAAUUAUUGGAUUCAUACAAGACUUUAUCGUUGAAAUCUAUGGCAAGUGCAUUUGGUGUCUCCGUAGAAUUUCUAGAUAAUGAUUUGGGUAAGUUCAUUCCAAAUAAACAAUUGAAUUGUGUCAUUGAUAGAGUUAAUGGAAUCGUGGAAACCAAUAGACCAGAUAAUAAAAAUGCUCAAUAUCAUUUGUUAGUUAAGCAAGGUGAUGGGUUGUUAACAAAAUUACAAAAAUAUGGUGCUGCUGUUAGGCUUACUGGUACUGAUCAUGUAGCAUAG